AUGAUGAGGAUCUUUUGGGCUUAUGUUGGAUUCCUUUUCUUAUCAGCAUUAUACAUCCAGCAAGGACUUUCUUCACAAGCCAAAUUUACUGAAUUCCCUCGAAAUGUCACAGCUACUGAGGGGCAGAACGUGGAGAUGUCUUGUGCAUUCCAGAGUGGCUCUGCCUCGGUCUACCUGGAAAUCCAAUGGUGGUUUCUGCGGAUAGCAGAGGAUCAAGAACCUGGAGCUGAGGUGACAGGCAUUCAGGUGGAGUUAUUACCAGAAAGAGAUUUGGACAACGAUGGAACAAAGAUAAGCACAGUGAAAGUACAAGGGAACGACAUUUCCCACAAGCUGCAAAUCUCCAAAGUCAGGAAAAAGGAUGAAGGGUUAUAUGAGUGCAGGGUGACCGACGCAAAUUAUGGAGACCUUCAGGAAUACAAAGCCCAGGCUUAUCUCAAAGUGAAUGCAAACAGCCACUCCCGAAGAAUGCAGGCCUUCGAAGCUUCCCCAAUGUGGCUACAGGAUAAACCUCGAAAGAACAUCUCUGCAGCCAUCCCUAGUAGCAUCCAUAACUCUGCCAGUCAGCGAAUGCACUCCACGUCCAGCCCUCCAGCAGAUGCCAAAAUCCCCAAACAAAGCCCUCAAUCAGGUGCGAGGAUAGCUACAAGCCAUGGACUUUCUGUCCUGCUUCUUGUUUGUGGCUUUGUGAAGGGUGCUUUGCUUUAA